AGGGCUCACCAACCAACAUACUAGCAGCAGUGUGACUGGCAAAACUAGUAGUUACGAGAGUGCGACGCGUAUCGCCAGGAAAUUUGUUGAAUUUGUUUUUCUGCCGAGUUUUACUUUAAUAAUUUGAGUCUCACAGUCAUCUCGACAUUCGUAUUAUUGUAUUAAUUCGGACUGAGUCGGUUGUGCCCGGGGGACUGUGAGUGAGUGAGAAGUUCGCGCUUGUCGCCGCAUUGUUUGCGCGCUGUACACCGGCUUAUAUUAACUUUAGUACAGUGUGGAAGUUGCGCACCGGGUCUAUUUAUUUCACGUGCGCGCGUCUCUCAUCGACGUCGUUUUUGAAGUCGAACUCGCGGAUACGUUAUACAAUUUUUUUUUAUUUCGCGAAAAUGGCCGCAACAAUGUUCGAAAUGGACGGAAGUGUAAUGGAAGGGGGAGGACAGAUUUUAAGGGUCUCUGCGGCGUUGAGUUGCAUCCAAGGGGCGUCAAUCAAAAUAAAUAAAAUCCGAGCCGGUAGAAGCACACCGGGUUUGAGGCCUCAGCAUCUGUCAGGUCUCGAGCUGUUAAGGGACAUGUGUGACGGCAAUCUGGAGGGAGCCACAGUGGGAUCCACCGAAAUUACGCUUGCUCCUGGGAAAAUCAGGGGUGGCAAUCAUAUCGCUGACACUCAUACGGCUGGAAGUGUUGGGCUGCUGAUGCAGAUAUCUCUGCCCUGUGCCUUGUUUGCUCAGGGUCCAUCUGAGUUGUGCUUAAAAGGAGGAACCAAUGCUGAAAUGGCACCUCAGAUCGAUUACACAAUAAAGGUCCUUAAACCGAUAGCAGAGAGAUUCGGGGUUCAGUUUGACUGCGAUUUAAGAAUGAGAGGCUACUAUCCUAAAGGAGGUGGGGAGGUUGUGGUCAAGGUGAACCCUGUCAAGGAACUCAGUCCCAUAAACAUGACCGAAAGAGGAAACAUCACCAAAAUCUACGGCAGGGCAUUCGUGGCUGGAGUUUUGCCAUUCAAGCUGGCGAAGGACAUGUCCACGGCAGCGACACGUACUAUCAGAAAAGAGAUUAAGGACCUGUACGUCAACAUUCAGUCUUUGCAAGAGAAGGACAAGGCAUGUGGCAACGGCAAUGGCAUUAUAAUAAUCGCAGAAUCAUCAACCGGCUGCAUAUUUGCAGGGUCAUCACUUGGCAAAAAGGGUGUGUACGCAGACAAAGUUGGCAUCGAGGCUGCAGAGAUGUUGCUAAGAAACAUCAGACACAAUGGUUGUGUGGACGAGUUCUUGCAAGACCAGCUUAUUAUUUUCAUGGCCCUGGCAAACGGCACAUCCAGAAUGCGGACGGGCCCGAUCACUCUGCACACGCAGACGGCUAUCCACGUAGCCGAGCAGCUCACUAACGCAAAAUUUGUUGUGCGCAAGGCGGAAGAUGAGCAAGCCAACAACGAUACCUACAUUAUCGAGUGCCAUGGAGCGGGUGUCACCAACUCCAACUUGUAAACGGCUCGGAUGACAUCAGCUGGAGGACUUGUAGCAGAGAGACACUACUACUGUAACUGACUGGAUAACUUAAAGAUAGCUUGACAUUAUCUUGGUGUUAUCUCAGGAUGAAUGAUUAGUUUUUGCCUUAUUCCUAUGCCAACUGUUCUGUCCCCCUCUUAAAACAUUUGUUACUCAGGGUAUUGCCUUAUACUGUAAUGAAACGUUACCGUUGGAUCGUUUUUGCAAUAUUCUCGCCCAGUUUGUGCCGUAUCUUGUCGGUGCGAUUUCACUUUUAAUGCGUUCAGAUUUGCUUUCCGCACCCUAACACGAGCCUUAAGGUUUCAUCAAACCCUUCUGAUACAACGAUCGAUUUUGUGGUUUACAAUUGCUUAACCAAUUCGCAUGGAAGUAGUAAUCUACGUGUAUGUCACUGGUAAAUUUAGUGCACUGUGUGUACACAGAAAAAGGUUAUACUACCCCUUAAGUUAAUGUAGCUGCUUUGUAUUUCGUAAAUUAUUUAAGACGUCGCGUUGCAGAUUUCGUUUUUCCGCCAUACUUUUUGUUCCAUUGAAGUGCACAGCAUCGUUUUAUAGACUUGUGUGCGGUUAGUAUUUGUGUAAUGUUGAUUUCAGGAUGAAAGGUUUCAUUCCUGUUCAUUAUUAUUACUGUUUGUUAUUUAUAAGAUGGAAUUGAAGAUGUUAAUUUGACUUUUUUUUUUGGCUACUUCAGGCAAGCGCGUCCUUUUUGUUAUUUGCAUUAAAAUAUUUUUCAGGAGAAAAAAUACAAUAAAUUGAGUUAUAGACA